UGCCAUUUGAGUCGAUCAAAGGCCUUCUACUGCAAGCGUAUGUUCCACCCUGUUGCUCUCUCUGAAACAGUGGACGAUCCUCAGCUGGAGGUCCAUCCUUUUCUGCCGAAUUUGAUUCACAAGCAUUUGAAGAUGAUUGGGGUAGGUCAUAGGUGAAGGCUGUCCAUAGCUUUACAUAGGAGUUGUGAGUCCGUCUCAACUUGAAAGCCUUUGAAGCCCAUCUGUUUGCACCAUCGAAUCGCUGUCAAGGCAGCAAGCAUCUCAGCCUGAAGCAGCGGCGAGCAGACCACCCUCUGAAUCCCUAAGAACCGCUCCACCGGCAUAGAAACCUUCAUCAAAUGCGGCGUCAGUGUUCAAGCGCAAGUGUGGUUUUACUAUAAAUGAUGGCUGCUUUCUAUGGCUAUGCUUGAGCUGGAGCUGUCAGAACUCCUGACUCAGAAGUUGCUCUAUCAUUGAGAGGUCUGCAACCUAUCUAUCCAUUUUCAUGUGGACAACAUAAGUAUGAUGUGCAGCAGCUUUGCUUAUAGAUUUCCUUACCAAGUUGCAUCACUGACACAAAAACAGGUGAUGCCUAGAAUAUUCAUAUCUUAUUUUCUUUUUAUUCAUAUUGGUAGUGUCAGUGUUAUCUUUUUGCAUGCGAUAUUUUAGAUUUCAAGCGAUAGAGCAACGGGCUUGGUGCCAAUUCAGUUCUCGAUAUACCAUUCUCCAAGGAGGAAGGCUGUGAAGUAUGCUGCAGUGUCAGCUGAAGUUAACCAGUGUGCCCCCUGCUUACUUAUCCCUCAGUCGAAAUGAACGAUCUCUGACUAAAUUCAAUACUGGCGAGAAGAAUGUACUUCAGAAAAGGGGAAAGAAAGAACACCAUCUUUGGAAGAAAAGAGAUUCAACUGGGUCAGGGCAGAAGGCACUUAAACUUGUUAGGAUUAUUUCAGGACUUCCGAAUGAGAAGAGUGUUGUUUAUGGUGCACUGGAUAGGUGGGUAGCGUGGGAAACUGAGUUUCCAGUGAUUGCAGCAGCCAAGGCCUUAAGAAUACUUAGGAAGCGAAGACAAUGGACACAACUAAUUCAGGUGGCCAAGUGGAUGUUGGGCAAAGGUCAAGGAGCAACUAUGGGCACUUACAGUUUGCUUUUACUGGCAUUUGAUAUGGACCACAGAGCAGAUGAGGCAGUGAUGCUAUGGAAUAUGAUCCUUCACACACACACCCGCUCUAUCUCAAAGUGGCUUUUUUCUAGAAUCAUUUCUUUGUACGAUCACCAUAAUAUGCCAGAUAAAAUCAUAGAAGUUUUUGCAGACAUGGAAGAGUUAUCUGUAACUCCUGAUGAAGAUACUGUAAAAAGAAUUGCUAGAGCUUUUCAGACACUUGGGCUCCCAGGAAAGCAGGAGAUGGUUCUGAAAAGGUAUAGGAAAGAAUGGAAGUAUAUUCAUUUCAAGGGUGAACGUGUUAGGGUAAAACAAGACCCAUGAGAUGAAGAAAGCCUGCAACUCCUGACAUCAUCUUUCUCGAGUUUAAAGCCUUCUGGAAUGGUCAGAUUUAGAUAAUGUUGAACUUGUAAGCUUUAGAAUGGGAAUUAUAGAGCUCUAAAAAAGCCCACACCUCCUGACACCAUCUUUCUUGAGUUUAAAGCCUCAUCUGGAAUAGUCAGAUGUAGAUAGUGUUUAGCUUGUAAGCUUUAGAAUGAGAAUGAUAGAGCUCUGAAAAGCCUCAUCUCAAAAGGUUACUAGGUUUUAACGGUGUGUUGUGCUUUAGUUAAAUAUUAGAUUACUAGAUGUGUUAAAAGAAACGGGAG